GCUAAUGCUGUUUGCUUGCUUGUUGUUAGUUAUAGUUUGUGUUUUAAAUUAGUCCUAGUUUAUAAAAAACAAUAGGAAAUUUAAUAUUAAGUGUACAUUUUCUUUAGCGAUAUGGAGGUGGUUUUAAAUUCACACAUAGCUUUAUUAGUUCUGGGGUAUUUAUAUGAAGAAAAGCUAGAUCACGUCUCCAAAUAUUUUUGCAAAUAUAGCCCGCAUCUUGAAGAAGAAUACCAAAUUCUUAAAAAAGGAUUACGGCCGGUUAUGAUCAAUAGUGACAAUCUAUCAACCAUUGUAAGAGAGCACUGCUACAUCAAAUCAAAAGUAAAUGAAAUAAUAUCAACAUUUCCAAGCAAUGUGAAAUCCGCCUUUGAGAGGCAAACUUUAACAGGUAAAAUAAACCAUUUGUUAAAAAUAAUUAAAAAAACAACAGGCUCAUCUGAUGAAGAAAAUAAAUUGAAGAGAAACAGAUCAGAAGCCAGUAUAAGUUCAAGUGAAAGAAGUACAAACACAACACAAAUAGAGGAUUUGCCUGGAUAUUAUCAAUCCAAACGAAGACGUAUUGAAGAUUCCUAUAUGUUUGUCCGAAAUGAUUUUUCUGAAGGAUCCGAAAGCGAAGAAGAUAGCUUUGAUAAUGAAAUUAAUGUUCAAUCGGCUUUUACCGAUAAAAUAUUGGAAGACAAAAAUUUUCAAUCACGACUUCUGGAAAAUAUCAAUACAGUAUUAAAAAAUGGACCAAAUGAUAAAAAUAAAAAGCAAAAUCAAUCAGGAAUAGAUUCUGUACAAAACAACCAAUGUGAUUAUCAUCUUGACGAAAUGAUACAAGAUAUUAUGUCCGUUACAGAGAAGGAUCCCUCUUUUGAGGAAUUUGUUCAAGAUGUUAUGGCCAAUAAUUACGGGGAAGGCAUUAAAAAAACUUCAAACGGAUUACUGAAAACUGCAAAUAAAGGAGUUCAAAUGUCUCCAAAUAGUGAAAAUAAUUUAGUUGUCGAAGAAAUAAAGCAAAACUCAGGUUUGGACAAACCUUCGGAACAAGUAUCAGUAAAUAUAUUUAAUGCUGGAGAAGUAGCAAGUGGCAUAGAAAGGAAUUCUCCAGCCACAAAAUUAUUAGUUCUUAAUUCGACAGACUUUGUUUCAGCAAAUAUUCAAUCACUAGGUUCGUUUACAACUGAUCAUCUUUUUUUGGAUAUCAAUGGGGGAACACAACAGUUUCCAAUUUUAACCGGUAAUGACGGUACUAUGUAUAUUAACAGUAACAGUGUACAAUAUGACACAAGACCGCCUGGAAAUUUUGUAAUAGUCAACCCAAAUCAAAAAAACUACGAAGCUUCUCAAUUAUUCAUUGGUUCACCUAAUAUUGAGGAAUGCAAUAACAUAGUUCAAGGAAAAGUCGAAGGAGAUUUAAAAGAAAAUAAUGCAAUAAAUCAGGAAUCAGCAUCUGGUGAUAACGUUAUAAUGGAUGAUAACACCUAUUUAAAAGAUGUUGCGUCAUUAGACUGUAAAUUAUUAAAAGAAAAGAAAACUCCCGAGUGCAACAUGAAUUCUUUAAAUAUAUCAAUAAGUAAAAGCCUUUCCACACCUCGUAGAAAAAGUUCUCAUGUAAGGGUUCUUAAUUUUUCGCCUUUAAAAAUAAUUAACAAAAAAUCUGAGUUUCAAAACUUGUUAGCUGAUGGGAAACCUUUGGAUAAAAAUGAAGAAAAAUCUGACACAGUCUUAAAUCUGCAUCAAAAAGUAGUUGGUGCAUCCAAUCUCAUUGUUGAAAAUGAAUCGUCCAAUGGUACAGAUAUAACUGGCGAACACAGUAAUAUAACAGUAAUUAAAAAACCGGUGAAUGAGGAUACCCCCAAACGUAAAACUUGUGCAUUGUCUUGCAAAAGAAAUUUAUCUCACUCUAAUAGUGAAGAAACAACAGAAAAAAUUAAUAAAAUACCUAAAAAGCAAAUAAACAAAACCAUCACAGGAACAAUUAAAGCUAAAAACAGUAAGACUGAAUUCAAAAAGUUGGAAAAAGUUCCCCAAAGUGUUAUUACACGACAAACCAGGAAAACCAAAUCAAAUCAGAGCCCUUUGAAAAAAAAUGCCUUAGAAACUACUAAUAAAGUGGAUCCCGCAGAGGAAUGGAAGCAAAUGAGGGAAAGAUCUAAAAAUUCAAACUUUGAUCAAUUCUUAAGAGAAGUUCAUUCAAAAACUCCUUCAGCGGAUGCUCAUAUUCAAAAAAGAAGAAAAUUAAGACGAAAAAUUGGCCUAAAAUCAAAAAAAAACGUUGAACACUCAACGGAAAAUAAUGAAAUUAAUGAACCGUGUGAAAAUGUUCUUACACAAAACUCGAGUGAAAACAAGGUCAAAUGUGGUGUGAAUAAAAAAAUUGUCAGCAGUGCUAAAAAAAUAGUACAGGAAAAAAAACCUAAGAAUAUUGAGCCUAAAACGAAUUUUUUGAAUUUUCGUAUAAAAACUCCCAUAAAAGAUUCUUCAAGUGAUUUAAGUAAAAAGGUCAAUAACUGCAUUUCAAAAUCAAAAUGUGAACAAAAAAAGUGUACUACAAAAAACGCACAAAAUUCUAAUCUGCAAGAUAAUUCCAAAGGUUCCGAAAGGCCAAUUAAUCGACAGGAAAAAGUAAGCAAUUGCGAGAAAAAUAUAUUUGAAUUAAAAAAAUCUAAAGACACAGUGGAGAGCUAUGAAAACAAUCAAAAAAGGGAAAUGUGUAAGGAAGUUGAUAAUGAUCAAGAUUCAAGUAAAGAAAAAGAAAGACGAACGGCAAAUAUUGCACAUAUACUCGACACGCCUUUCAAAUCAGAUGAUAUUAGCUUAUUACCACCAACUCCUGGUAUAAUGUUAUCAAGUAAUUUAGCACUAAACACUGCUAUAACUCCAAUAACCAAGAUACCGUUUUCCUCAUUUUGCAACAUGAAAUAUACUGAAAUCAAAACGCCCGCUUUUGCGAUAACACCGGGCGGACGUUUCUGUUAUUCAACAGAUAAGGAGACACCCAAAAGUGGUAUUGUGACGGAUUAUUCUUCAGGCGGCUCAUAUUACAAACCAGAUGAUUCUGCAGAUUUAAUAAAAAAAUUAGACCGGGAAUUAAAUGGAAAACUCGAUCAACGAAAAGACAAGUUUGAAAAAGAAGACAAUAAAUUGUCGCUUGACAUUGAAAAAGUUCAUACAAAGGAAAAUAAUCAAUUGCCAAUAUUAGAAAAACAAUUAGAAAUUUCGACAAACGUAAACCAAUCUCCCAAUUCUAUAAUUCCCGAUAAUGUACCUGGUCAGUUUGAAUUAAAUGGAGUGGAAUCAAUUCCUGAAGAAGGUCCUAAAAUAAAUUCGUACAACAAAUUUGAAGAAGCCGGACUACCAGAUAUUACAGACGAAUCUUCUACAUCGUCAUCCUCAGAGAGCAGCUCUUCAGAUUCUUCAGAAUCAUCAUCAGCGAAAACUUCUUUAACUGUAAAUAAUUUCCCACAGCAAAGCACACAGCCAUUAUCACUAUUAUCAAACAUUGAUUCAUCUGAAGAUGAUAAUUGGGAAAUUCAGUCAAUAUCUAAAACCAAAACUUCACAAGGAGAGAAGUCUGAGCUAGUUACCAGCAGCGGAAUGAGGUUUAAUGUUAGAAGAAAGAUAACGCCAAAGAAAAUAAAAAGAAAAUCUGAUCAGAAUUUCAUUUUGAAAGAAAUUAUUUCAAAACAAAAAAUUUUAAAUAAACCUUUUUCAAGCAAAGUGGAGAAAAAAAAAAUUGAGUUACAGAAGAAACCAGGAAGAGGAAAGUUAUUGAAUCGAAACUUGAAAUCAGAUAUAAAGACUACACCGCCAAAAAAAGAAAAUAAAAUUUUGACGAAAAUAAGCAAUAAAAAACAAAAUUCCAAAAUUGAGUCACAUGAUUUAAGUCCAGAAAAAACUGGAGUAAAUGAAAAUAAAUUAGAUGUUUUGACAGCGCUUAAUUUAUCUGCCAAGAAAAGGGACAUAGCUACAAAUGAUCUUUGUACCAAAGGAUUCAAGGAUGAAAAGCAAAACGGAUCUACAUCGGUUGAAGAUAAUGUUUCUUCUGAUUUAUUUAUUCUUCGAAUGGAAGAGGAGUCAGUUUCUAAUGAUUCUUCUGAAGUAAGAAAUGCAGCUUUAACGUUAGCAAAAAUGAAAUCCAAAAAAUUAGAUAUUGAAACAAAGACAAAGAGCUCAGUCACAAUUGAAAAUAAAAAUAUUGUAAAUGAAAAUAGUCAAAAACCAAGUGAAAACUUUAGUUUGGGAACUGAAAUUAAAAAAACAGAGCCGUAUUUGAAAAAAACGGAUUGUACAAACGUGAAUGAUAGAAUUGGAAGAGAAUGCACUUCUUACGAUUUCGCAAGUAAAAAGUGUGAUACAUUAAAAGUUGAAGAAAAAAAACUUGAGUCACAAUGCAGUGCAGAUCACAAUACUCCGGCAGACUUGAAAAAUUUAAACACAAGCGAAACUGUUUUAAAACCCAAAUCCCCGACACAGCAUGCAUCCAAAAACAUUUCCACCUUAAACGAAAGUAAAUUAAAUAGUAAUUCAGGAAACGAAAAUAUUUCUAGUAAUGUAACUAUUCAAUCAAACAAAGAAAAUAUUUCGAUAGAAGAAAAUGUAGUUAAUGAAAAGGCAACUAAUGAAAAUGAAUAUAAAUCAAAAACCCCGACAUCAAACGAUUUUGAAUCAGAAUCGGAAAGUGAAGACGCCUAUGAUGAAUGCGAACCUAAAUUUUCUGAAAAAUGUGAUGAAUUUGUAAAACAUUUCAAUUAUGACGAGGAUAUGAUAGAUUCAUCUUGUAACGUACCCGAGAAGCUUGAUUUUGUAAAAUCAUCUAUUAAAAUUACAAUUAAUAAUCAAAUUCGUAAAAUUACUUGCAGCGAAGAAUUUAAUUUGUUUCAUUUAAAACCAAAUAAUGAAAAAGAGAGGAGUUUUAAACCAGAUUGUGACAAAAAAUUUAUUAAGUCCAGUAAAUUAAAAAAAGAAGACUGUAAAAUAAAAUCAACCACAGAAAAUCCAGAAGAACCCACUCUUAAUGAAAAUAAAAGUUCCACUCCAUUUUUGGGCAAAAUUAAAAUUACUCAUAGAAACAAGUUUAGCAAUAUAGAAGUGUCCCGAAAAAAACAUUCACAUGUUGAUAAAAAAUGUUCGCCUGAGAGCACCAGUUCCGAGUUAAAAAAAGUUGUUAUUAGCGAUAAUAAUGGUGAAGCAGCCAAGAUUAAUCAAGAGUCUUCAUCAAAGAAAAAUAUAAGAAGUGAAGAUAUAAAUGCAGUUUUAUCUCAUUUGUACGGAAAUGGGAAAUAGAUUUUAUACAAUUUGAUAUUGGAAUAAAUUAAGUUUUUGCUAAUUGUCUGUUUAAAAAAAUUAUUAAAUAUUUACAUAUAUUUUUU